AUAGUUUGAGUAUUUUGCAUAAAUAUGAAGAUGUUUUGCAGAACAUGUUCGCGGCAGAUACACAAUGCUGCAGCGAGAAACGUUUUCGAGGACUCCAGCAAUGGUCUGCUGGGAAAAAUCGAAACAUUAACUGGCCUGCUCCUGAGAAAUGAUGAGAAAUUGCCACAGCUCCUAUGCCAAAAAUGCGAGCAGGAUCUAGAGGCUGCCUUUGACUUCCGUAGAGUUUGCAUUGAAGUGCAGCAACGGCUGGAGCUUGAGAUGGAAUCUCAACUGCCGAAAGACGACUAUGAUAUCUAUCAAAGUAAUGUGGAAAGCGAUACUGAGCUAGGACCAGAGGAAUACGUUGUAGAGAUAGCGUCCAUUCGCCAUGAAUAUGAGAUACAACAGGAGAGUGAUAGCGAUCUGAGUAACCUGAAAGACGAGGACAUUGGAGAGACAGCUUCUAUUGUCCAAGAAGAUGCCAAUAAUGACAUGGAUGCCGAUAAACAUUCGUGCAACUUGUGUGGCCUUCAAUUUGCGAGCAGAAUCGAGCUCAGGACGCACCUGUACCAGCUACAUGAUGUUGUGCCUGCUGGAAGGAACUUUGAUUGCAGCCAUUGUGGGAAAAGUUUUCCCAUUGCCUCUCGACUAACCAAACACCUCCGUUGCAUUGGUGCCGAAUUGACGCAUGAAUGCCCAAAGUGCGGUGCAAAGUUUCACAGCCAAGUGUUGCUGGACAACCACACGGGUCGUCACCACAAACCACCCAAGGAGAGACAUGUCUGCCAUUUAUGCGGACAGUCGCUGGCCACGCGCUUCAGUCUGAAGUGUCACCUGGUGCGCCAUGCCGGCACCAGACCCCACAAGUGCCAGCAAUGUGGUGCCGCGUAUGCAACGGCUGCGGAGCUCCGUUCCCACGAAAGAAAGCACACGGCAGUGCGUCCCUAUCCCUGUCGGUAUAACUGCGGGAAAGAUUUUCAAUACUGCAGCGCCCGCAGCAUACACGAGAGAACUCACAUGGAUGAGAGCCAGCGUCCAUUUCGCUGCGAGUACUGCAGCAAGUCCUUCGUGACCAGGGGAGACUGCAGGUCCCAUCAAAUACAACACACAAUGAGCCGCGAACACAGCUGUAACAUCUGCAGGUUAGGAUUCAAGCUUAGGAAACAUUUUAAGGCCCAUCUAAAAUCGAGGACCCACAAGACCCUGGAAGCGCGAGACAAAGCUUUAAAACGAUAUGCAUUAGGCCCACUUUCUGUUGUUGAAUCCAAAUGAAAGUUACAAUGAAAUAGAGGCCCAGUCUCCCGAGGAGCCUAGGACACGCCGCCUUCUGUUCGAUGGAAAGAAGUUUUACGUUCAGAAGAACGCGGUGAUAAAUCAGGC